GCAGACGACAACAGAACCGUAUCGCAUCGAAGGCGAGCGCUCCGCUGCGUAGUCGUGUGUAGUUGUACACGGAUUUGCUGUUCCUACCUGGCGUGGGCGACAAAUUGAAGCAUCUCUACUUUUUCGUUGGUGUUAUUGUGGUCCCUUGGCACGUCUGCCUCCUAUUUUGGCGAAGUGUCGUGGGUGCGUCUGACGGAACGCGUUUCGAAGCCUGCCUCUGGACCGGUGUUCGCGCAACCCGGAGGUGCUGCGCAGUUUAGGUUUGCUGGAGGUGAGCGUGGGGGGCCUAACCGUCGCCUGCUGAUGUCAUCCCAAACGCGACCGAUGCGGCACGAACGGUAGCGCGCGGUAGUUCUCAUCUCAGACCGAAACAGCCGUUUCUGACAGAGCAACGCCAGAAGAGAACUUGCUUCCACGCUUCGUCGCUUCGAGCAACACUACCGCGUUUCUUCGACCAGCCUGGCUUUUGUCUCUGCUAAGUGUUUGAGCGAGUGACGCCUGUCAAUUUCGACGUCCGAGUCAAGAACGUCUGCUUAGUGUCGUCUAGUCGCCCGUGAACGGGAGUGUGUGUUCUCUCAUCUCGCUUCUGGGGACUUCACGCUCCAAGGAUUGCGGUUUACGGCGCAAGGAGGUGAAACGAACGAAGAGCCAUGUCCUCGCUGUUCACGAGCAGCCGGCUGUCGGACGAGCUGGAUGACCUUCGUAGUAGGCUUAACGACCAGUACUCGCGGCUGGACCGCGAGUACCGGUGCUACGAGAACAGGUACCACGACAUCCGGCGCCGGCUCUUCGACGGCAGUCCCCUGAAGCCCUCCGUCUGGACCUCCCUCACUAACGACUCCGAACGCUUCUGUCUCCGGCUGGAUGUUGGCCACUUCGACAGUGAGGACCUCGAGGUCAAGACAGUCGACAACCAGGUGGUGAUCCACGGCAAGCAUGGAGACCGCACCGACGAGCUUGGGGUAAUCUCGCGCGAGUUCACGCGCAAGUGCACCUUGCCCAAGGACGUGCAGCCCGAGGCGGUCAAGUGUUCCAUCACCUCGGACGGUUUCCUCAUCAUCGAGGCGCCCAAGCGCAGUGACAAGCCUCACGGCCAGGAACGGGUGGUGCCCAUCACGGUGGUCGACGGCUCCACCAACGCUGCCACCACCAGCACCGGCACCAACCACCACACUAGCGCUCCAGGGCCGUCCGGCAAGAAGACCGUGACGACGACCACGACCAUGAGCUCCGGAGGCACGGGAGGGACCGAAAGCCGGACAUCAUCGAGCACGCACACGGUGACGACCACGUCGUCCAAGUCGUCUUUCCUUAAGAACGGCAUGGGACCCGGCGUGAGCACUGGCGCUAUCAGCAAGGUCAAGUAGAGGAAUACCAACCCCGGUCACGGCAGAUCUUGCCAAGGUACCACCGUGGUGAUUGAACUGAUGCCUGGCUUUUUGAUCGGGCUGUUGGAUUUCCUAGACGUCGCUUUGUCACUUCGCUGAUUUCUGUGUUGUCGAAUGCGCCUCUCAAAAUUUAGACACGCUGAAGUUUAGGUUCUAUUACGGCUUCGCACACGGAAUGCUACCUGUCUCCGCUGGUUUUAUAUUUUGUUCUAGUCUGUAAGAGUUUAACGUUGACCUUACGAUUGCCUUUGUUAUGAGGCUCCAUGUACGCUUGCAGUUUUCCGAUGCGUUUGGUUGAUCAUACUCUCGUGAUAGAGUGUCUCACGGAAGAAUAACUUUACAAGGCAAAAGAAGACCACCAAAACACAGUCAUGAUGAUUAGUUUCUAUAGAUAAAAUAUAUUGCCGGAAUUAAACUGUAAGAAAUUCAACUUCGAAGUGAUCCCGAUUUGAGGUUGUUGGUAAAGCUCGAGUAUAAAAAUCAGCGCGAAAAGCGGAUACAAUAAAGACAGACCGCACAGCACCUGUAGUCUGUCUUUGUUGAGUAUUCUGGCGUUAUUUGCAGCAUUUUAGGAAAUCCAAGAACACGCAAGCGGUGAUGCUGGCACGACUGCCCAUGUGACAUGCCAGAAAGGCAGUUAUAACACGCGUUAGAGAUAAAUCAAGGAUUGAAUUGUUUAAGUUGUGUGUUUGUUGGGCUUAAGUGGUUGUAAGCCACUGCUUCAAAAACCCUGCCCAACAUGCGAUGAAGCUGUGAUCCGUCGUGUUGGAAACCCUUACGGGAGGCAUUUAUUAUUUUAUGAUUUGAGGCAGACCAUGCUAACAGAGAGCACUGGGAUAAAGAAUAAGCGUUCCGUCGAAUCUUAUGACACAUCAUCUCAAUGGAAGCACCUCCAUUAAAUGCCAAAAUAUGAUAGCCAUGCGGAGUGUCGCCCUGAGGCACUUGUUUUUCUUGCCUGCAACAGCGUGUGAAAUUUUUAGAAGUUGCAGAAAAAGCCUAAUCUAUAGCAACCAAUAUAUCUAUGGAGCUCUUAUGUAUUGUUGAUGAUCAUUGUAGCUUUGUAGAUGUCAAAAAUUCGUUCACCUUGCGGGCCUUACACCACAGACUUUCAGUAAGUGUAGACUUCCUGUAUCAUCAAGGCGACUUCAGAAUUUUGACUGAUGAUAACAGCGAUGAAAGCAAAGAAACAAAAAAAAAGAAGUGCUGGCAGAAGCCUACUCCGGAAUGUUAUCACUGCGUUGUUGUUCACUGCAUGCUACUGAGGAAAUCUAAUAGAUUCUCCGUACAACUUUAUCUUUAUGCAUGUUGUUUGUUGUUGAGCGAAAAUAUCUUAAAAAACUUACGCACAUUUUUUAAAAUGUUACAGCGUGUCCGUCGAAGCACUACUGUAACAAACCACUUCUUGUUUGUGUGUUUGAACUUGCCAUGUUAUUUAAUUAUGCUUUCUUAUCACAUUAUUUUUUCAGCACGUAUUCACACAAAGAGGCACGCGCAGGUAAUCUAGUUAACUUCGUGAAAUAAAAUAAAUGUGUAUAUGCGUUGCAUGAUGAUCAUUUGAAGCUUCGAAGCACAUUCAAAUAUUACAGAAACCAUAUGAGCUAGUGUUGAAGACUACACGAUAUGACAAAGGUGCUAGGCUUACGUAAUUGCAUGUGUUAAGUUUCAUACUGGCGAAGUACAUUGAAAGGGAGCAUGCUGAGUUGCAACCUGUUCAUGUCGUGCGGGGCAUCUUCAUAAGUGAUGUGCAUGUAAGUCCUAACAGCCGAAGGUUUAGUACAGCUCUGGAUGAUGAUAUAUACAUUAUCUGGCCAGGAAAAGCGGUUAAUAGGAUAUUAGUGGCGUUACUGCUUAUAGAAGACGCACUGAAUACUUAUCACUACAUCACGCAUAGUGUUUACUAAUUAAAACAAGACAACAGACAUCUCCACUAUGCUACAUAUUUCACGCAUUUUAAAAUAAACGCAUAAGCUGUAGACUUUUGUAGUAGUAUUAUAACAUGACAUGCAGUAAGCUUAGUAUAUAACAGGGUAUGAUGCUCGAAUGUUUGUUGGCAAUGUACAGAUUGACCACCGUUAAAUAUGCAAAGGGGUUAUAAGUUGGCAUUACAUAUUUGGGGCAUUAAUAUUUAUGUUCAAGCUCGCAUUUCUUUGUACUUACAUUUUAACAUAGAAACAAAGGUAAUCAUUGCAGACGUUGGUUUAUUAACUGAAAGGUAAUAUGCGUAACUUUUAAAAGUUUAUAAAAGCUUCAUUGGAGCUUAUUGGAGAAAAAGAAAUUAACGCUCAAUUUCAUAAGUACAAUAGUUGUAUCAUGCAGGAGGUGCAGAAAUAUAAUUUGACUACAGGACUUCUGUAUAUCGAAUACCCUUAACAUUAAUGGAACUUAUAUUGAUAAUCCUGGUGCUAACGUUCAAUUCCUCAUGAACUGGGAAAGAAUUCACUUGAAUUCGUGCAGUCUAAAUAAAAUGUAGCACACAUUGCUUUUUUUUUUCAUAAGCAGUGUUAUCCUUCAAACUUGAAAUUUCAGUUCACGUGAAGGUAGGCAAUCUUAGAUGGCUGUUAGACAACCACAGUGUUCGUAUAAAACAGAUAUAUUGUACGGAUGAAACUAGACGACAACCACGUAAAGAGUUUUGUUCGCAGUUAAAAUUUGAGCAGUUCUUUGCCGGCCACCUAAACUUUUCGUCGUGUGGGCGUUACUCAUACUUUUUAAUAUAAAAUUGGAGCAGUUCAACUUGCUCGAAAAUUUGCCUAGCUAUGAAGAGGGCACUAGCCGCAUCGUCAACUCAGUAGCUUGUCUCUAAGACGUACAGUCGCCGCAAUGCUUAACGCUGACACGCGUCAAGAAUCUUCGCUUCUGCUGCAGAGGGCAUCGGCAGGACAUAGGAAGAUUUCGAAGAUUUCCAGCUAGAGUGCCUUCAAUGUGCUUGAGUAGCGCGUCUUCUCUCUAACGCAUUUCAUGUUUGGUCUUUACGCCACCUGUUUCCUAAAUUAAGCCGCUAUAAAUCUGUUCUUGAUGUUGAGGUCAGCGUUUCUAGAAACGCUGGUUCAGAUGAAAUCUGAGUGCUCAUUUGCGUAGAGAUUACCCGCACUGCUAAGAAAACACGUUCAUGUAUGAGAUCGUGUUCUGCGCUAGCUUCACUUUCAUACUUACUGUCAGAAAUACCUUGCUGCGAUGAGCCUCGACUUUCUGUGGUCGGUAACUGUGUCAUAGAAGUGCUAUCUUAUGCUGCAGACUACGCUCUCUACUACAUUGUGUGGUUCGUUGAUUGAAAACUUGGACAACGUUGUACUUUCACGCUACCUGAUCGUGUAAUAAUACUACGGCUUAUGUGACACAUGAGCACUGAUAGCCAAAAAAAUCCAAGCGUUUUUCACCCAGCUUACAGAACAUUUUUGUUCUUUUGAAUGGUAUCGCCACACAAGUGUUCCGACAGAUGACUGUGCUGGAGGUACUACUGCUUCAUUUAUGAUGCCAGAAAAUGUUGUUAUUUCUGUGGAACAGUGCACAAAGAUUUGUUGUUCCUAAUGACAUGAAAAAGCUUACACUACGUUACGGCAUUGGUUAAGCGCACCCAACGUCCACAGUGAAAGCAGCUGUUUUCGAAGCACCUUGUAUUUAUCGCAUCGAUGUUCAAAAACACGUGCAACCUGAAUGCCAAAUAAACAACGUUUCGAAAACCU